AUGCCCUCGCAAGUUUCGUUGACAAUAUUAAUUGUUGGAGCCGGGCCAGCCGGACAUACGGCAGCGGCCGCUUUGGCUUCUGACGGACAUCAAGUCACUGUCCUCGAACGCAACUCUCUACUCCAAACACGUGGAGGGAAUCUCAUCGUACAACCUUCCGCUGUGAAAUGCCUGAACUUGAUUGGUGUCUCGGAAUCUCUGGAUAGGGUGUCUUUCGAAACAGUCAGCGAAUUCGUUUGGAGAUGGAAGGACGAUGCGCCGUUCAUGGAAACAAAGGCGAUUCCCGACGGGACGAUCCGGAAGCCGACCGAUAGGCCAUCGCUACAGCGAAUUACUUACGAAGCCGCUGUUAAAGCAGGAGCCAACUAUUUAUUCAAGAAAUCUGUCGUCAAAAUCAUCGACGAGAAAAGUGGCAAACUUCUGGUACUGGCGGAGGACGGCAGUGAAUACAUGGCAGACAUGGUCGUUGGCGCUGAUGGCAUCAAGUCACGCGUCCGCGAGCUUGUAUUUCCUGGGCAAAACAUGAGUCCUAUCAUGACAAACGAGUGUAUCUUUCAGACAGAGGUUGACAUUGUCACAGUACAGCAAGACCCAGCUGCCGCUCCGCUGGGCGUUUGCUCGCACCAUCUCAUGUUCGGGCCCGGACUUUACUGCGUUGGUCGGCCGACUGCUCACCGCACCGUUCGCAUCCUUCUAUGUAAUCUGAAUUAUGGGCUUCCAUCCGGAGAUGCGGACCUUGGCGGGACUUGGAAUUCCGACGGAAACCCCGAAGAGAUCCGUGAAAUGUUCAAAGGAUUCGGAGCGCCGCUGCGUGCCUAUAUCGAAUGUGUGAUACGUGGGGGUUACCCAAUCGACAAGUGGCACCUUGCCACAGCACCAAAGAUGAAAACCUGGCUGGGAUUCGGUGGACGCUGUGUUCUUGUGGGGGAUGCUGCGCAUGCUAUGUUGCCGCAUACUGCCCAGGGGGUGAGUCAAGGCAUCGAGGAUAGCUUGGCGCUUAGCACAGCUCUGCGCUGGCUCGACACACGGGAGGACCUUCCCGCCGUUUUAGAGAAGUGGGAGGCCAUCAGGAAGCCACGUGCUGAAAAGAUGUUUGACCUCGGCCACAAGAACAUCGUCAUGUUCACCCUGCCUGAUGGUCCAGAGCAAGAAGCAAGAGACCAGAAACUCUUGGCGACGGGUUUCACUGGUCAGCCUACGGACUGGGAAAGCAUUCAAAUGGAUGAGAAUGCUCCACCAAGAACGCCUCAAUUUACGAAAUGGGCCAUGUGUUAUGACGUGGUUGCAGAGACCAACAAGUUGUUUACCGAACACCACGUAUUCUAA